AUGACCUCACUGCUCUUCGAAUCGGCUUUCGUGUCCGAAUCAACAGAGACUUCUGGCCAGGGUGUUCGAACACCAAACGUACACACUCCUGUCACUUCACAAGUGGCAGAAUGGUCGGCUCAGAGAAGCCUUGCGUCCUUCAUACGCCAUGCCUCCCAUCUCCAAAAAGAGCUUCGUUCGGAUGAUUCCGUUUUCUUCGACGACAAUAACGAAAUCAAAGAGUUAUCAAGGACGAAGAUUGGAUCUGGCGCUUCCUUCGUCGUCGAACGUGCCGAAUGGCAACCUGGUGUGAAUAAACUAGAGGUGUCAUUAUCUCAGCGGUUUUUAAAGUGGGGGAAGUAUGUAGCUGUGAAGAGUGUACGUGAAAGGUCUACUUCUCGCCUUCAGAACAACUGGAACGAUGUGGCUCUUGAGCUUCGAGCGUUGUUACAUAAACCUUUACGAUACCAUCCCAACAUUGUUCGUUUAUUGGGAUUCGGAUGGGGAUCGCCCACAGAGUCAGACUCUGUAUACCCAAAAAUUAUUAUGGAAUAUGCCAUUUUCGGCUCGUUUUACAAUCUCCAGGCCUCCAAUAUUCCCCUACCGUUUCCUGUCAAACAGAAGCUUUGCUACGAUAUUUCCCGAGGCCUUGCAAUUCUUCACGCGUGCGGGAUCGUGCAUGGCGAUCUCAAGCAUGAGAAUGUCCUGAUCUUUGAAAACAGGUAUGAUACUGUCGAAUGUCAGCCAUACACUGCGAAAUUGGCAGAUUUUGGGGGAGCAGUAAUGGACAUUGAACAACGUGAUCUAUCCUAUCUGCGGAUGGGAACUUUCCCGUACCAAGCUCCUGAAUCUUCAAAUCGACUCUCGUCCGACGGGUUAAAGCAGACGGAUGUUUACUCCUUCGGGUUGCUGGUGUGGAGAGCAUUUCUUGACGGAAGAAAUAUCAGUUCUGAGUUGGGGCUCGGGCCUAGGCCGACAGAUGCUUCCGAGAAAGAGCUCCAGCGGCUGAAAUUGAGCAAUGAACUCAUUGCGAAUGCAGUGUGUAGUGUUCAAGUUUAUGCUUCAAGUAAUCGAGUCAGUGAGAAUGCCCUAGCACUCAUCUUGUACGUGCUUGCGCAAACAAUCGUCGCUGAACCGGGACAUCGUUCUCUCCCCCAAGCUCAGGCGGCAUUGAGGGGCAUGGACAUCACUAAAAUCGAUUCAUUUCUGCAAAAGAUAGCAAAAGUGAAUGCUGAGCGUGAUGAGACCGAACGUAAUGAAUCCCCAGGGACCCAUGGAAUGACAGUUGAUAACCUAGGAUUUUUUCUUGGGAACUUGGGUGACGAUUAUGAUUGCCAACGAAAUACUCCAGGUUUUCGACCGAAACUAGACCAUCCAGAUAUAGGGGAAUUUUGGUUUGAACCUCAGAAACUCAAAACAAUUCUUGACUGGGGUCAGCAGCAACAGAUCAUACAUGAUUUUAUAGAGGCUUGUCGCUGUGUUAGGCCUGGAACUCCUGAUGGAUUGCAGCCUUGGAAAGCGGCCUACUAUCUUUUCCAAUGCCAUUUGACAGGAUUUGGGGUCACUUUUGAUGCAGAGCAAGCAUGCCAUUGGCUGCUGCAAUCCGCAAACGCGGGCGAUGAAGGUGACGUCGACUAUUGGGCAAUGGCUUGGUUUUGGCGUGUGAGCACUGCUCUCUCCGUGCCAAUAUCUCUUACGCUGGAUCAGCUGCAAGAGUUUAUCCAAUGGGGUCUAAUAAGAGGUCAUCAAAACUGUAUGGAGGAUGGUCGAGCUAUAAUUGGUCGACUGGCUAAUCAGGACGAGCGGGAUGAGUGGGAAAAGAUGAUAAAGAAUGCAGAUUGGGCUCGGAGGACCCUUGCUGGUGGUAUCGGAAUGCCUCAUUUUGUGCCUCGGAAACUACGACGACCCUAUGAUCUUGAUGAUAUUUCGAUUCUCGAAGCCCAAAUCAAAAAAGAGAUUGGAGCCGCAUAUAAUUCCAGUUUACGGAAGAACAGCCCUUCGGUCGCUAUUGACCAGAGUGCUGACUCUGCACCAAGUAUAACAUCACCGUUCGAUGAAAUCUUUGUCAACCACAAGGGCCACGGUCUCUUGCACUUUGCUGCUGCCCAGGGAAACCUGGAAGCGCUGAAGUACAUGAUUGAGACAUAUUUAUGUGACAUUGAUAUUCCGAAUAAAUCACUCUCAGAAUCGCCUCUUGUAUGUGCUUGUCGCAGUGGCCAUUUUGACUGUGCCAUGUUUCUCCUCGAGCAUGGUGCCAAGGGUGACUCAACAGAAUUUGGUGAAGAAACGCCCUUGCACUGGCUUUCCAGCUUCACUCCUGACCAAAUGCCAUUCCUUGUGAAAGGACUUCUAGGUGCUGGUGCAAUCAUAGAGCAUGCAUGUAGAACAAUGCGAAAGGACGUCAGAAUGAUCAAUGCAGAUUGGGAAGAUAAUUUUGGCACCCAAAACACCCCGCUAGGGAGAGCAGUGCUUAUGAGAAGCCUUCCUGCUGUAAAAGUCCUGCUCGAGUUUGGUGCGAACCCACUGGCGAAGGUGGGACAUGAAACGGGCAUUACAGUAAAAUCUCCUAUUGAACUGGCGGCUGUUCUCACUCUUCCCCAUAUAUUGGAAGCCAUGCUAAUGUACAUCGAUCAAACGUUAUCGGAGAAACCGCUCAUAUUUAACGAGAUUGGAAUGUUACAAGCCGCCCAUGAAAAAUCCAUAACUCCAUAUGAUCCAACCGCGUUGCAAAGCAGGCUGGUCCGUUGCGGUGCCGAUUACAAACUUUUAAUGUUUCAAACACUUAAGAUGCUACAACGAAGGCAUGAGAAACUCCGGGACUGGAGAAAUAUAGACACCGGACGACCGGUUGAAGGCAUGGCGUUGUGCCAGGAAGUGAAACUUGGAAAUACUGAUAUUGUGGAGGCGUUAUUGGAGCUGGGGCACGAUCCAGAUGGCUCACCUGGUUAUCGCCCUAUUGAGGAGGCAGUUAUGAUGAACCAUGUAGCUAUUUUCCGGCUUCUGGUAAAUCAUGGUGCCAGACCAACUGUAAAACGUGCCGUUCACAAUGGAAAGCAGUUCUCUUUGCUUCAACUCUUGGCUAGCCGUCCACGGACAUCUCCCGAUGGUACUUUUAUAGCAGAGUAUCUUGUCAGAUUGGGAAUGGCUAUCGAGCCAUUACCUGACGGUAGCCCUUCGAGUUUAGCUCUUGCCAUAAAAAAUCGCUAUUUUGAUCUUGCUAGUUUCCUUCUGGACAAAGGAGCUGAUAUUAACGCCAUCUAUCAGCUCGGCAGGGAGGGGGAAUGGGUUACCGUCCUUGAUGAACUUCUCCUGACACAUACAGAGGGGACGUUAGAAGCAAUGGACUAUAUCUUUGGGAGAUCGACUGUCAAUUCUUCCAAUCUCGUUCACAGAGUAGAUUUCGUUGUCAACAAAACUAGGGAUCUCACCGCUCUCCACGUUCUCGCGCUCUGCCCUGCAAACAUUAUAAACGACAAAUCACAAAUCUCAGCCAGAACUAUUCAAUCCGUUCUCACAGCCUUCCAUGCUGCAGGGGAUAUUAAUUGCGUUCACCCUACAUUAGGUACUGCAUUGUGUAUUGCUAGCGUUACUGGUAAUAUUGAAAUGAUAACUGCGCUUCUAUCCCACAAGGCCGACACGGCAAUCCCAAUGCGAAUCGAUCGAUUGAGCGAAAGUGAUAUAAAGUCGUUGGGAUUGUUUGAUAGAGACCUUAAGAAGGAGUGGGGAACCGGGACCCUAACUCCCCUGCUCCUGGCACUGGCAGCAUUUGAGUCACGCUUUUCCGAAUUAGAGAAAUCAACUACGCUGUCAACCGAUAGCUUGUUGGAACUUGAGCGCUUUGCAUCUAUACUUCCCCUAUUGCAAUCAUCCGGAGCAUCCUCCGAUGCAACGUGGUUAUCAUUGCAAGAUAGGAGAAAACUCUUGGAAGACAGGAUCAAACUAAGUACCUCGAUGGUGCAGCUAACGGCUGCUGCCGCUUUGGAGCCUGCGGAUCUCUCUGUGUUAACGGAGGAAAAACCGACGAAUUGGAAGGAAGGGGAUGAGAUGAAUCAGCAAACGGCGACGAGGACCAUGCUGAAGUAUAUGAGAGGAGGCUUUGAUUGA